AUGCCUAAAUUCAUAGUUAACACAAAUAUAAGCAAGGAUAAAGUUCCAGACUCUUUCCUAGGAGAGCUCACUCAGCAGCUAUCAAAAGCACUGGGCAAGCCAGCACAGUAUUUAGCAAUACAGAUCAACCCUAAUCAGGUGAUGUCAUUUGGAGGAUCUACAGAGCCCUGUGCUAUGUGCUUUCUCUAUAGCAUUGGCAAGAUAGGAGAUGAAGAGAACAAGGCCUAUUCCAAGUUGCUAUGUGACCUGAUGAACAAGCAGCUGAAAAUACCAGCUGACAGAAUCUAUGUCAGCUUCUUUGAGAUCAGUGCUGGCAACGUAGGCUGGAACAGCACCACCUUUGCUUGA